AUGCCUGUAAGCAAGAACAGGCUGAUUUUACUACUAGGAGUGAUCUGUUUGGAACAAGGGAAAUCAGCGACUCUUUCUGUUCCCAAAGCUCCUAGUUGUGGGCAAAGUCUUGUUAAGGUACAGCCUUGGAAUAACUUUAACAUUUUCAGUCGCAUUCUUGGGGGAAGCCAAGUGGAAAAGGGUUCCUAUCCCUGGCAGGUGUCUCUGAAACAAAGACAGAAGCAUAUCUGUGGAGGAACCAUCAUCUCUCCACAAUGGGUGAUCACAGCUGCUCACUGCGUUUCAUACAGAAACACUGUGUCAACUGUGAAUGUCACUGCUGGAGAACAUGACUUGAGCCAGACAGAGCCAGAAGAGCAAACCCUCACCAUUGAAUCUGUCAUCGUACACCCACAUUUCUCCAGCAAGAAACCAAUGGACUAUGAUAUCGCCCUUUUGAAGAUGGCUGGAGCCUUCCAAUUUGGCCAGUUCGUGGGGCCCAUGUGUCUUCCAGAGCUGGGGGAGCAAUUUGAGCCUGGAUUUAUUUGUACAACAGCAGGCUGGGGCCGCUUGGGUGAAGUGAUCACUUUUGGGUAUAGCAUUGCCAAUGAUGGUAACAGAGGACUUUUUCCCCUGCAGGGAGAUUCAGGAGGUUCACUCAUGUGCCAGAAUAAGAAGGGGGCCUGGACUCUGGCUGGUGUGACUUCCUGGGGUUUGGGCUGCGGUCGAAGCUGGAGAAACAAUAUGCAUCAAAGUGAGCCAGGAUCCCCUGGGAUCUUCACAGAUAUCAGUAAAGUGCUUCCCUGGAUCCAUGAACACAUCCAAACUGGGCAUCGGAGAAAGAGCUCUAGAGCCUGGUGCAGCGAGCAGGAUGGCGUAAUCAGUGAGUCUGAGGGGCAGCUGCACUUUCCAGAAAGCCUCCAGCUAUAUUACGAGAACAAGCAACUGUGUGUCUGGACCCUGUCAGUACCAGAGGAAAUGCAUGUAUUGCUCAGUUUUUCUCGCUUGGAUGUCGAGUCUUGUCACCACAAUCACCUAUCAAUAUAUUCUUUAGAAGACAGACUCAUCGGAAAAUUUUGUGGAGAAAGCCUCCCUUCAUCCGUUCUUGUUGGCUCCAAUUCUGUAAGGCUGAAGUUCAUCUCUGAUGCCACAGAUUAUGCUACUGGGUUUAAUCUCACCUAUAAAGCUCUUAAGCCAAACUACUUUCCUGAUUCAGGUUGCAGUGUCAUAACUGUCCUUUUUGAAGAAGGCUUCAUACAGAGUCCUAACUAUCCUGGAAACUACAGUGACAUGGCCAACUGUAACUGGAUUUUUCAAGCCCCCAAACAUCACCUAAUCGAGCUGUCGUUUCAGAGUCUGGAAAUAGAAGAAAGCGGAGACUGCACUUCUGACUACGUGACAGUGCACGGCGAUGUAGAAAGGAAGAAGGAAAUAGCUCGGCUGUGCGGCUAUAUGGUACCCAGCCCUGUGCUCAGCCCCUCCAGUGUCAUGCUCAUUAGCUUCCAAUCGGAUGAAAAUGGGACCUGCAGUGGCUUUCGGGCUGCAGUCACCUUCAUUCCCAAAGCAGCAAUUGUAUUAUGCUUAUGCCCAGAUUUAAACAUCUCCACCGACUUAGAGGAUGAAUCAGUGUUUCUGGAGACAUGGAAUGUGCCUAGUGGAGAAAUCAAUGCUUCUGGGAACAGCAUGCAGCUGUUGCCAGCAUGCAGCAGGCAUCGUGACUGGCUAAAAUCUCCCAUCAGCCCAAGCAAGCUGUGA